AAACAAUUCCAUCAGCUAUGCCCCACUGUUGAUAUGUUUUUUUUUUAUUUAGAUUUUAUGAGACAAAAUACCAUGGAUAGGUUUAGUAGGAAAGUACAAUGGGAUGUAAAACGUUCAGUAUUUAUUGCAAGUUCGUUCUAUCUUUUCUACUAUGGAGGGAAAGCUUGUCUUCUUCCGUUUAUCACUCUUUAUUUUCGACAAAUGGGAUUAACAGCUUCACAGACUGGUCUUGUACUUGGAAUGAAAUCAUUGCUAUGGUUUUGUGUUUCACCGAUAUGGAUGGCUCUUGCACACAGGGUGAAUAAAACAAGGACAAUCCUGUGCUACAGUAUAUUCAUUGUAAUUGGAAGUAACCUAUCUCUCACUCUUCUUCCAACUGUCAAUAACGACCUUCCAUUGCAAAUAUGUCUCAAUGAAUCUCCACCGUUUUCAACCAAAUGGCAUUCUGUAGAAGUUCGACAUAAUAUUACGACUCCUAUUUUGCUAAUGGGCAAUGCAACAGAAAGAAGAUUGACUACAUUGCAUGAAGGUAUCAUCAUCACUUCAACCAAACCUUCAACAACAAUAUCAAGUACAUCAUCAACUGUGGAAAAAACAACCAAAUCGAACAAAUUUACCACAGAGCCUACGACCAUUUUUACUACAUCUACUGGUACAUUGGAACAAGAGCCGCCUACAACAACAACCACCACAACCACCACUGCUCCAUUUUCAACGACUCCAACAACCACUAUUCUGAAAACUUCAACGACAACAACUUCAACGGACACGAUCACUACACCAUCAAUUUACAAAAUGGCGAAAAGUAUGGCUACUCUUUUACAUGAACAAGGUAUUACUAGUGAAGAUGAUGACAUUAUUGCUGAGUAUGUAGAAAGCGCAGAAAAAACAAAAAAUUGGAAAACAUGGAAACAAGAAUCCUUGGUGAAUAGAAUUAUCGAGCAACUUUCCAAAAGUGAGAAUAGUAACUUUGGAACGAGCGGUUUUAGGAGAGAAAGAAGAUGGAAUAGAUUCAAUGGCAGAGCAAAGAGAGAAGUUGAUAAUAAUAAUACUUCGUCGUCAACUGGAAUAUUCGAUGCAAUAAAAAAUAUCAAUUUGACAUCCCUUUCAGAGAAAAAAGAUGAAGUAUUAAAGAAUCUGACACAUUCAAUGAAGAAUUUUGCACAAGAAAUAACUCCUUUUAUCUCAACAAAUUCCAAUUUGUUUCUUUGUGUCCUGAUCAUUGUUGCAGCAGGAGAAAUACUGUCUGCACCGGUGGAACUCGUCAGCGAUAAUUCAUUGUACAAUCUGUUGGAUGAAUUGGAUAGUUUGAAUCAAUAUGGAAAACAUCGAAUGUCUGCUCUUGUUGGUGCGGCUUUGUGUGGAAUUAUUGCGUCAAUUAUCGUUUAUUUUUCACCUUGUUUCAUCAACGGGACUAUAAACAGGUUUCACAUUCACUUCUACCUAUUUUCACUACUUCUCGGAAUUUCAUUCAUGCUGGCACCUUUUUAUCCAUCGUACGAUGGAGCUUCCAGUUCUACAAGGUCAACAAUAUCAGAAGGUUCUGGAAGAAAAUGUACCCCUUGCACGUCAACCGCAUGUUCAAGUUGCAGACUAUUUCUUCUAUUGAUCACAAUAUUUGUCGUUGGCAUAACACAAGCUCCGAUACAGAAUUUUAUUCUUUGGAAGAUUCAAGAUAUGGAAGGAGCAUCUGAGCUUGUCUAUGGAAGCUAUGUAUCAGUGAAUGCCAUAUGUGCAAUGAUAUCCAGUUUAUGUGGACGGAAGUUGAUCAAAGUAUUGAAACCGUGCACAGUUGCGUUCAUAUCUUUAUUAUCUAUUGCAUUACAAUUAAUAUUAUAUGCAUUCCUGCCUUCACCUUGGCUGAUCGUACCAUUGCAGCUGCUAAAUAUCACAGGUCAAUCAUUCCUUUGGACAAUUGUAACGCAUCACACCAGUACAACAAUGUCAUCUGCAUAUGAAGAUUCCAAGAAAAUUAGUAGCGUUCAUGUGUUUGCUCGUGCAUCUCAACAAAGAUCAUUACAUACUUCUUAUGUCAGCGUUUAUCAGGGGAUAUCCUUCAGCUUCGGAAGUAUUCUUUCUGGAUUUUUGUAUGAUUAUUUUGGAGGCGACCUUUCACCUGUGCUGAUCGGAAGUGGAAUUAUUGUUGCUUCGUGGGGUCUCGUGUUUGCUAUGUACCAGAGUUGUUGUCUUCCUCGGAAAUUGCGAAGAAAAUAUUCUCAUCUUGUAUCAGAUUCAGAGAGUGAUAUUGAUAAAGCAGAAAAUAAAGAAUUUUCAUUGAAGCGGCCAGAAACGAAUGGCAACUACGUAUCAUCUUACUACAGUAUUAAAAAUUCGAAGAAAAAGCGAAGUAAAGACAGAAAACGAAGAUCGAGAUUUCACAUGGAGUCUGAUUCAAAUUCAUCAGAUACGGAUGAACAUGAUUGGUUGAAAGCUUCCAUGAAAAAGGAAUCGAGAAUGCUGUGAUUGGUUCAUUUUUUUUCAGUUUUAUGAAUAUAGUACUUUAUUAUGCAACUGUUGCAGUAAAGUUUUCUAUUGUAAGAGAAUUGAUCUAUAGUUGUAUGUGGUAUUGAAUUGAUAGCUCCAUUGUUGUAUACUCCAUUAUUAUAUAGUUCCUUUGGCUUUGGAAUGGUUAAACUUCUUCACAAAGAACUUUUGGUUUAGUUUUUUCUAAAUAUAUAAUUUUGCCGAUUUUUAUAGUUAAAUUGGAAACGUACUGUAAAUUUUUGAAUAUUUUGGUUCACUUGACUAAACAUGCUCCCACUAAUUAUUAAAAAAAAGGGAUAAAAAAAUGUACUUGCGGAAUAAAGUUACUAUACUUUGGAGUGCCAAACAAAGUCAGUGUUGUAGAAGUUGUAGUGUAGUAAAUAUAAUAUAUUAUUAAUCAUAAAUAUUAAUUACGGUAAUUAUUGUCGCAAAUUUUUCAAGCUAGCCUUGAUGUUAUUAAACUGGUAUUAUGUUCAAAUAAUUGAUAAAUGAAUUUUUUAACGGUAUUUUUAUUAGUUCGGUUUUCAAAAAGUAUGGUAUGUAAAAUUUUUUUCUAAUAUAGAUUACGAUAACAAAACUAUAUAUAAUUGCAAAUUUGUACUUAUUUAGUGGUUUUGCUUUUUGCAGUAGGGCUGUAUAAUACAAACUAUUUUCUUAGUUUUUGUAAAAUGUCUAGAAAUUGGUUUGUUCGCAUCAUGUACUUGUUUUUUCAUACAUAAGAGAUCAAAUAAUUAUUACUCGUUGCAGUGUAUUAAAAAUUGCAGUUAAUUUUACGGUAUUUUGCACAGUUUUCUUAUUUUUUUUUGUUAGCUAUAAGCAGGUUUAAAUUUCUUUUAAUCUUCAUUGCUUAUCCGGGCUGUGUAAUAAUACAAUUAUUGACAAUCAAAAGUUACCAAGUACUUUUUUUAGUUGUUAUAUUUUUUUGUGUUGUAAUACUGCGGCCAAUGAUAUUAUGUUAGCCAUACUUAAAUAAUAGAGCAAAAAAUAGUCAACCAUUUUAUGAGUACCCCUUCAGUAAGAUGUAAAUACUAUCACUAUAUGCAGGGAUGGCCAAAACCAAUUAAUUUACCAUUUUGAAAACAUUUUAAAAUUAUGAUUUAGAAUAAGAUAUAUCGGUUGUGUAUAUUCAGCAGAAAAAUGGAGACGAACAAUGAUUUGAUGGGUUCUCCAUUUUCACAACACCCAGAAAUUCAAAUUGAAAUGAUAAUUUUUAAAAUGAAACUAUUUUAAAGUGAUACUAAAAUAAAGAAUGCCGGAUAAAGUUUUACUUAAGUUAUUUUGAAAUUAUGAUUCAUUUUGGAAUUCCCUGAAUAUAUGAUGAAAAGUAUGCAAAAAAAGACAUUCGCCAACAGAAUAACCAUUCCUGUUAUUUUUACUGAUGCUUUUUUUCUAACAUUACAAACAAUCUUUGAUGUGUCUGAUGAUACAAAUUUAAUUUUUUUAGCAUUAAUAUUGUCAUUGUGAGGUAUUUUGUUCCAUACAUAGUAUAUAAAUAAUAAUGUGUCUUCAAUACUAUAUCAUUCUUUCAACAAAGUUAUAUAUUUUAUGCACAAAAAUAUGUUCUUCAAAAGUUACUUUAAGUAAUAAUAUUUAGUGAAAAACAAUCGACUGUCUUUCAGCUACACUGUCAUAGUGUUUAUGUUGUUAUUUUCAUUGUUGCUGCUUUACUAAUGAUGCUAUAUUUUAUGUACUUGCACUAAAAUUAUUUCCGAUAUGUGUCCUUCUAACGUUUGAAGUCUUGUUUUUCAUACAAGCAAUCAUGAAUCCUGAAGCAAAUCUUAAGCAUAAAUUUCUGAAAUUGUAUGUGUAACUCCAAAAUCAACCAUAUUAAAAAAUUAAACAAUUUUCAAUCAAGAAGUUUGUAGUGAUCAAUUUAUAAUAUUCAUCUAUGCUGCUGUAUUUUAAACUAUUGUUAUUCUUCAAGUCACCAGAACAAUUAUCUUUUGCACAAAGUAAAAUUAAACUUUGCACAAUUAUAUAUAUAUAUAUAUGAAUUAUGUCAUUAUAGCAAACUAUAAGCCUUCCUAUCAGUUAGCCAUCAACUUUCAAUCAAAAUUGUAGUUUUGACAAAUUGAAAUUAAGCAAUGAAAUAUCCUGCAUAUCACAAGCUGCACACGGUUUCACGGACAUCCAUUUUUAUUUAUUUAUGUUGAACCUUUUUACUUAGUACAGUAUGAUAAAACAAUGCUGACCUCUAUGCCCAGUUCCAUUUCGAUGAUUUAUAUAAAAAAAAUUAACCACAUGGCACUUUGAAAAUAUGGAAUAUUUUUACAAUUUCAUAACUUCAGAGGGUAAAAAUUUUUAAACUUGUGAUAUUUGAAUUUAACACUGUUUGAAAUGAAUUAUUCUAAUGUUGAUGUCCCACUGAUAUUUUUUGUUUCUUGAUUGUAUAAUAUUCUUCAAAAUAUUAGUGUAGUGGGGUGCUGCAAUAUACAUUGUAAUUGUUAUGAAUAAUUUAGGAUUGAAUGUAUGUAACAGUGCAAAUAUAUUUUUCUCACGUUUGCAUGUAAAUAGCCUAUGUUACUACAAGUGUACAGUGAAAAUAAUUUUUUUUUUCUGCAGUGUUUUGAAAUAUUGCUAAUUACUAUAAUUGAAACAGUUGCCAAUAUCUAUGUCAAAUGUUAGACCAGAGAUAUUGAACAUGUUUACUGUUUAUUCUAUUCAAAUCCUUACUUUAGACAUAACACAAUUUGAAGCAGUCUAGUUGGAACGAACUCUAUUAAGAUUUUAACUUUUUGAUUUCAUUCAAUUUCUCCAAGCUUAGCUUCUGGUUUGGUCAGUGGUUUGUCUUUGUUCUAACAGUGAGUGUUACCUAACUUGUGCUCGUUAUUUGAGUUGCAAUUCUGUUUCAUUGAAAUAUUGUACAAAAUUUAUUGCUAACAAUAUAAUAUACAAGAAUAAAAAAUAUAUUAAGCAUUAUAAAU